CUGUGUGCUGCUCUUAUCUUCAUUUCCACUCCGAAGUUGGGAUUUUAUGAAGACGAAGCGAGAAACUGGUUGUUUUGACAGGGCAUCACCAGCACUCAAGGAAAUCUUGCUCAAGUUCUAUUAUAGCAGCCAUGAAAAGCAAUCCGUUACGGAUUACCAAUUAAAUGAAUUUGGAUCAGUGCAAUACCAUAUCCAGGUUUAUCCUCAAGAUUCUCAUCAUAUAUACUUAUCAGUAUCAAGCCCAUUGUUAACCCAAGGAACAUUUUUAUCAAAUGGACUUUCGAAAUGUAUCUCACAACGAAGCUAUUCGAAUGUCAUGGAGGUUGCAGAAACCCCUAAAACAGGAUAUCCAUUGACUAUACGAAUCGACUUGUCUAAAUUCCCACAAAACAUAGAAAAUUGUCUGAAGCUAGUCACAAGUAUUUCAUCACUGCAUGCUGAUAUAGUGUGCUCACAACUAAAAGAAAUGCUAUGCGUCACAAGUUUUAAAAACACCUCUCAAGGAAUGUACAACAAGCCCAUCAAAGUUGUACUUGAUGCCAAAGACCAUUUCUUCGUAAUCACACAGCCAGAGAAAACCGCGGUGGUAUUCCCGAUGCGCUUUGGAGAUGACUCGGAUGUGAUUAUUGCAGCAACUUUAUUUCAGGAACUCGUGGUUUUGGGUAGUUCAAAAUCUUGCGCUAAAGCACCUCCUUGUACUUGGUCACCAAUUCCUCCUGCGGAAUUACGAGGAGAGUAUUUCGAAGAUUUAACCACCAAUGGAGGGUUUAUGUCUUUUGAUGUUCUUUCACGGCACAUUAAACGUUCAAGAAUUGACAAGACCGUCUGGAAUUUGUCAAAUUUUCAAGCUUAUGUGAGACACUACGUGAAGUGCACUCGAGGUUUUGUGCAAAGGAGCAUGCGAAAGCGCGUGGAAAGUCUAUCAGAGAUGCUAUUGAAUCCAGCGUUAGCAAAACAACAUGAAUCUAGCUCCAUGAAGAACCAAGGGCAUAGACGCAUGAAGAUAUUCGGAAGACUCCCAAAAGCUAAACUUCUUAGGAAAAAGUGUAGUGGUCUCUUAAAGAAAAUCAUGCAAUUACGUUGUAAAAUCAAAAUUCAUGGACUGAACCAAAUUCGCAGGCGAUGGUUGAAAUUGUCACAAUGUUACUCCUCGAGGAGUUAUACUAGAUUAGAUUAGUUAAGUGCACAUUUUGUAAUUACUGUACGAGAAAAGAAGCAGUGAAUAACAAGAGUCUGACGAUUUUCUUCUCGUGGUGAACC